UGCACGGUUAACCUCGCGAUGCUGCCUAGGGUCUACAUAGAGUGCCGGUACCGGUAUAUGGAGCUCUCAUGGCCAUGACACGCCGCCGCCGCCGUGGCGGAAUCGUCAUGGAAAUCCCUAAGUCGCGACAUCUCUUCAUUUGCUUCCAUGGAGUUGAGGACCCUCAAACCUCGGCGAUCCACUUCAAACCUCCUUUGCUGCCCCUUGCAAGCCAAUCAUUCUCCACAUAUAUUGCUGUCCUCUUCUUUCACAAGUGCACCCCUGUAACCCUUGCGCCAACUAACUCGAAGGUGUCCCCUUCACUUCACGAUCACAACAUCCACAACAGCUUCAACAGCCCACACGCACCAUCCGCCCCACGUCACCGACUGUCGUUUCCCUUUCGCUUUCUUCGUGUCCAGCUAUGCUCCUAGGUUUCCGCACCCGAGCAAGACGGCUUACCAAUUCGUACGUCUUCGGCCGAAUACCAUUCAUAAACCUCCUACUCCUCGGCCUUCAGCUUUUCGGAAUAAGCCAUGUCUCGUGGAACUUCUCGGCGCACUUCGACGCAAAGCCCAUGUUGACCACGAUGAUCACCAACUCGAUCCUCAACGGAAUAGCCGACACGGUAGCACAGACGGUAUCGGCCUACCGCAGACGCCACGCCGGCGUCGCCCCCGCGAACCCCAAAAAGGUCGACCGCGUGUCCAUCGAGAUCCACGAGCUCGGCGAGAAGUCGCUUCCUACGCACCGGGCGGAGCUCUUCGCCGCCCCGCAUUUCGACGCCGACCGCCUGGUGCGAUACAUGGCCUGGGGAUUCCUGAUGGCCCCCAUCCAACUCGCCUGGUUCGCUUGGCUAUCCGACGUGUUUCCGACUACCGAAGGGCACCAGACGGCAGCGGUGAUGUGGCGCGUGCUGCUGGACCAGGUGGUGUUCUCGCCGAUCAGUUUGGCGGCGUUCUUCGUGUUCAUGGGGGUGUGCGAGGGUGGCGAUAUGAAGGCUAUGCGGAGGAAGAUGAAUGUUGUGUUUAUGCCCUCGUUGAAGUCUAACUAUGUCCUUUGGCCCGCGGUGCAAAUCAUCAACUUUCGCCUGGUUCCCCUACAAUACCAACUCCCAUUCGCGUCGACGAUAGGAAUCUGCUGGACAACCUACCUGUCGUUGAAGAACGAGGCGGCGGAUGCACUGCUGUGAUGGCGCGGUGGGAGUGAGUGAGUGGUAGUGGCGAUGUCGCACAUCUACAUUUCAAAAGGGACAUGGUGCAUUUGUUUCGGAUAUCAACAGCUUCUUAUUUCUUUCUUCUACAACCGUGUUAUUGCAUUCUGUUCGGAUUUCACUGUAUAAUACUUGCCUAUAAUAGACGGGGAGUGGUUGGAGAUGAUUCUUUCGGAGGGGCACAGUGGGCGUCGUCUGUGAGACCAUGGGUGCACUGCCCCGCCACACAGCGGAUGAAGAGUCUAUCGAAGAGGAUCCGCUUGAUAGAGCACCAUAUCACAG